AUGCAGCAGGAUCAAGUGAUAUGUGACACAUGUGCCCACUUCCACUCAGCAGCGCUGACAAAUGAGAAUGGAUUGGAGUGUGGGGAAACAGCCCGUGUCCAACGGUUUAUAUUGGGCGUUGCAAAAGAGGGAACAGGCGAAGUAAAGAUCGGAGCAAAUGACUUUUAAUAUUCAUGGCCUAUAAACAACAUCUGUGUGUUUACAUUAAACAUUUAACGCGUGCUCUGCCGUGACUGCGUGUAUAUCAGCUGAUUGCCCUCAUGUGAACUUAAGCUCUUUGGCCCUAUUCUUGUUUAUAUUCCAACGUUUUAUUUUUGCGCAUGAAUCCUCUGUGCAGUGAGCACAUUGUGCACAAUUACCAACACGUGGUAAACAACCAUACAGACAGUUUAAACAUCAACUUUGACGCACACAAACAAGAGAAAACCAGCAUGCAGUGAACAUAAUUCUGCAAUGGCGUAUUUUUCAACAGAGCCUAUAUGGCGUUAUGCAUAAACACAUACAUGCAUAUGUCUCCAUAUAUGCAUACAUGUUUUAAUGAUGAUUGUGAGCAUGUUGCUCCGAAUAAAUAGGCAACAUAGCAGCCUUACAAGAGAGAGGGAGAGAGAGAAACAACCAGGCCUGUCUCUACAGGCUAUUGUCUCUUUGUCUCCCUGUGCCACACUGGACUGAUUCCUGGUAAAAGUGCAGCAUGACUCACAUCGCUCCGCCACUUGUCGACUCCAUUGCUCUAUAAAUAGCCAGUUGAGCAGUAUUAGAUUCACAAACAGAGGCUAUAGGAAUCCAUGCAUGCAUGGGUUCAAUGAUAAAACAAAAAAAAAGACAUUAUCAGAACAAAUAGCUUUCAAACGUCAUUGACGCAUAAUUGACGCACGUUCCGGUGCAGGUUUCCUUGUCCUAUCAAAUGCAGCAAAUUCUCCAUUGUUUCCAUUUGUGCUGCAAGGAUUAAAGUGUACGUGCAUCGUUUACCUCAUGCACACAUGCACUCUUAUUUCUGAAAAUCUGACCCUCGCCAUCUAAAGUAUUCAAAUCUCUGCGUAAAGGUUAAGGUUGGGGUUAAGGUGAGGGUUAGGUUUCCAAACUAACUUAAAUCUUGAAACAUUACGCAUGAAAUGGGAUGUAAUUAUCUGUUAUCUUCUCCUCUGUAAUGUGGUAAUUCAACAAUUAUAGUGUACACACAGCCACAAGUAGCCCUACCAAUCAUAUUGUGAUCGAAGAACCCGCACUUAAGAUAUUAGCUCCAUCAAAAUUGCCCAAUUUAGGUCGAUGCAAAUUUCCCUCUCGGUAUUUUUCCUUCCCCAUGCAGCCAAAGGUCUUCUUCAUAAACUCAUUGACUCAUAUAGCCUACACGUUGAGGCGUAGGCUAUCUGUCAUUUUGUGCCAGUGGUCACAUGGCUUUGGCCCUCAGGAAUGGAUAGAGAUGGAUCCCCACGUCAGCUUGUAAGUCUAAGGAUUUCUGCUCCACCAGUCUGGCUCAAAGUGACUGGAGCGCAGCGCCGCGGAGGAACAAUGCGAGGAUUAUUGUAGGACGUUUCCAAAGGCAGAAUAUGGAUUUUGAUGAGCGGAUCUCUGGCUCUAAUAUGUAUUUACCGAGCUGCACUUACUACGUCCCCGGAGCAGACUUCUCGGGUCUCCCUCAUUAUUUAACCCAGAGCCAGUCCUCUUGCCCCAUGACAUACUCCUACCACCAGUCCUCAGCGCUGCCACAGGUCCCGUCCGUCAGAGAUGUGGCUUUCAGAGACUAUGGCAUUGAUUCUUCCAGUAAAUGGCACCACGGCAGGGGGAGCCUGUCACACUGCUACACGGAGGACAUCAUGCACAGGGACGGCUGGACAAACCCCACCUCACGUGGGGGAGAGAUUCUGGUGAAAGGCGGCUCCAGCGCCAGCCACUCCAGCUCCUCCAACCCGGCGCCGGGCUUCCACGGCAGCGUAGGCAGGAACGGCGUCCUGCCGCAGGCGUUCGACCAGUUCUUCGACACGGCCUACGGUGGCGCGGAGAGCAGCACAACCCCGACCGCACAGGCGACGGACGCGGACAGACACGCGGCCAAAGCGAGCCCCGGGCCGGCGCAUGCAGGCUCGGACACGGCGGAGAGCUGCAGCCCCAAGUCGUCCUCCGGCCACAGCGAGGAGAAGCAGAGCAAAGGCAGCAGUGGCCAGAGGACACGCAAGAAGAGGUGUCCAUACUCCAAGUAUCAGAUCAGGGAACUGGAGAGGGAAUUCUUCUUCAGCGUUUACAUCAACAAGGAGAAGCGGCUGCAGCUCUCGCGGAUGCUCAAUCUAACAGAUCGCCAGGUGAAAAUCUGGUUUCAGAACAGGAGGAUGAAGGAGAAGAAACUAAACAGGGACCGUUUACAGUACUACACCACGAACCCCUUGCUAUAAAAAACUGAACAAAGACAGUGAAACUGGCUCGCAGCCAUGAACAAUGCACCCCAUCAUGUAGACUUCACAUCUACAUCUUUACCAGGACAAGGGGGCGAGAUUUUUACUGUACCAGACUUCAUAAUGAAUUCUAUUUACACACAUUUUUGUCAUUAAACACAUUUGCCUCUUAUUAUUAUUAAUAUUAAUAUUAUUAUAUUAUUUUUCCAGAUUUUGAAGUUACCUUUUUUGCGUAUUUGGAGUUUUUACGCGGAAACCAGUUGUGUCUGAAUUUUCUUUCGCCUAUACUAGGCUUUUUAAACAGACGGGUGUUUGCGUACUGCAUUUUCAAAAAAAUGUUUUUCUCCUUAAAAUGAAAUUUUCCCCAAUGUACACAUGUACUGUACUGUAUUUUCAGCAAAUACGUUUUUCUAACCUCUUUUAAAUUAAACUUUCUCAAUUUUACGCACAA